AAUGAUUUUUUGCUUUAUAAUACUUAAUAAACAUGGAAAACCCAGAUUUUCGAAGUUUUAUGAGAGAAUGAACGUGGAAGAGCAACAAAAGUUCGUAAAACAAACUUUUUGUGUCAUAUCUAAGAAAACCUUACAAGAUUGCAACUUUUUUUUUUACAAAACGCUUAUAAACGGUCAAGAAGCAAAAAUUAUUUUUAGAAGAUACGCAACUUUGUACAUCAUUGUGUGUGUUAACUGCUGUGAAAGCGAACUGGGGAUACUCGAUCUAAUUCAGGUCUUUGUUGAGAUUUUAGAUGUUUAUUUUCCUAAUGUUUGUGAACUUCAUCUAAUUUAUCAUACAGAGAAGGUUCAUCAAAUACUCGAUGAAAUAAUUGUAGGAGGAAUCGUUGCUGAAACGAAUUCUUCUCUUGUGUUCGAAGCUUUGAAUGCCCAAGCAACUGUAGCAAAAAAAGAAUUGGAAAACUUGAACAAAGUUUUAUUGGAAUAUGAUGGUCUUACCACGAUUAUUAAAAAAUAA